AUGGCUCGUGCUUCAAGAACGAACCCGAUUGACAAAUUGGAAGAAAAUCUGCAAUGUACAGUUUGUCUGGAAGUGUUAAAAGACCCCAGAACCCUUCCUUGCUUCCACUCGUUCUGUAAAGCUUGUUUGGAAGGGGUUGUCAAGACAUGUCGUGGCAAAGCACCUCACCGAAGUCGCCGCCGACCUAUUCGAGAGUUUCCAUGUCCAAAUUGUCGUACGAUGUUUGUGCUCGAUCCCGGCAAACAGGUCGCCGACAUGCCACGAAACCAUUUUAUCUGUAACAUGGUAAAAGCGACAGCCGUACUGGAUCGUGGAACCGGCGUUCCCUGCUCACAUAAUUGUAGUCAAAGCUACUCGGUCGCUCGUUGCGUCACUUGUGAAAAAUUUCUGUGCCGAGAAUGUCUGGCAGACCAUAAUAAAUAUCGAGGACACAGCGGUCACUCUGUUCUAACCAUGGAUGAGUUAUCAAAGCCAGAAAAUCGGACGAAAAUCAUGGACAGAAUGCACUGCAAUGAACAUACGGGCAAGAGAUUAAAAGUUUAUUGUGAAACCUGUGACAAAUUAAUUUGUAAAGACUGCAUGGAUUUUAAACACGUCAAGCAAGGUCAUUCGUGUGUUCUCGUCAAAGAUGUAGCGAGCAAGUAUAAGGAAUUGCUUGUUUCAAAUAACAAAGCAAUGGAAGACGCUUUAACUGAAGGCAAAGCUGUUAUUCAGCGAUUAACGCUUACGACAAAUGAACUUGAUCGCAAUGCUGAAGAUGCCAAAAAUGAGAUUGCACAAAGAAAAGAAUUCGUGGUGAAGAAAGUCGUUGAAAUAUCGAGUCAAAAAGCUAAAGCUCUUUCGAAGAAAGUGGAUGAAAUUCACAACGGAAAACGAGCAAAUUUGGACCGACAAGCAGACGAAACCAAACUAUAUCUGGAGAACGUGAAAACGUCUGUUCAACUCUCAAAAAAAUUGAUCGACGAAGGCACGGACGAAGAAAUCAUUUCCACUCAAAAAAUAAUGUUGGAUAACGCAACUAUCCUUCUGGCAAAACGCGAAGAAUAUUUCAAAGCACCUACAUUAUCUGCAAAAUUGAGUUGCACUUCCCCUACUUGCACAGAACAAAUCAACGAAUGGAUAUUAAGAGGGCUGAGAACAAGUUUAGGAGAAGUAAUUCAUGCAG